AUCAGGAAGGUAAUUGGUGAAUGUCAAGUGGAUAUAAUAGGAAUCAGCAGUCAAACCACUACUACGAGAUUUCGUGUCCCGCGCAACGAGAACAUGUGUAUGAGCGUAACAUGCGAGGGAGGCGGGUAAAUGGGUCCCGGCAGCCGCCCCGCUCUCUGCGCGACAACCACCACUUCAGAACAUCGGAAAUAAUAAAGUUAAAUGUGGGAGGGAGGUUGUUUACCACCAGCAGAACUACUCUCAUUUGGAUUAACGAUACUUUCUUUACUGGAUUGUUGAGUAACCGAAUACCGAGUGUUGUUGAUGAGAAUGGUGCUUUCUUCAUCGACAGGGAUCCCGACCUCUUCUCUGUUAUUCUUAACUUUCUAAGAACUAAGAAUGUGAACAUGGAUGGUGUGAAUCUGACCGCGUUACUGCAUGAAGCAGAGUACUUCGGUAUAACACCACUAAUACGGCGUAUUGGAGUGUGCGCGUCCCUCGACCAGUGCAGCUGCGGAGAUCUACUGUUCCACGCGCUGCUCCCACCACCUCCCCAACUCACUAGCAGAGAUAACUCUCCUGUUGUUAUGAGACGGCGCGGCCGAGAGUCAGUCCGCCUUCAGGUGCAACAUGUGAUAGGAUCACACAACUUCAUAGCAGUAGCUUACCACAACGCUCUGUCGUGCUACAAGCUGGGGGAGUACAGUGAGUGGAGGUCUAUUUUCACCACUAAACUGGAUUAUCAUGUUGACCUGAUGGCCUUCAAUUCAAGAGUCCCUGUAUCCGGUCCUAACAGCAAAGAGGUACUGAUAGCAGUAAGCAGUGGUUCUCAUAUUCACUUGUGGAACGUGUCAGACCAGAGUGAAGUAGCUAACUACGACCUGGAAGUUCAUGUGGAGACUCUACUCUUUAUUGCUUCAGGUCUAGUAGCUCUGAGUUCCAGUGGUCUGAUUGGAGUCUGGAACACCAUGACCCAGACCUGGAAGGUGCAGCAAGUACAACCCGUCUCCAGUUUCGAUGUUGCUGGUUGUAUGCUGUUUAUUGGCUGUGGGGACGGGUGUAUUUACUGCGUGGACAUGGCUAAGUUCCCUCUCCGAAUGAAAGAUAACGAUUUGUUGGUCAGUAAGCUAUACUGUGAUCCGGAGAGGAACAAGGGAAUCUCUAUCACUGCUAUCAGUGUGUACCUGACCCCUAAGCAGUGUGUAGGGCAGCAGUGCGGGGAGUGGAUUGAGAUAGCGUACGGAACCAACAGAGGAAUGGUUAGGAUCAUAUUUCAGCACCCUGAGACUGUCGGACAAGGACCUCAAGUACUCCAGACGUUUAACGUACACAGAGAGGCAGUAACCAGGGUGAUGCUGAGUGAGAACCAUCUUAUCAGCGUGUGUAGUGAGAGUAACCAUGUUAGGAGCUGGACUGUCACCAGGUUCCGGGGGCGGAUUCUCACCCAGCCCAGUUCCACGCCCCUCGCCUCAUUUAACGUGAUCGAGCUUGACGAGCCCUACUCUCCUAUGUCAAGUAAUGGGGUCGGGCCUUACGGGGACAAGGACGACUGGGCUGUCUUCAUGCAAAAAGUGGUACAGACGAGUAAUGAGAUGUUCAUCUGUGUAGCGAGUACAGGGAAGAGACUGUGUUCCCUAAGGAGUGUGGACGGUACGAACAUUACAUCUCACUCUCUACACGAGUGUGACAGCUCUACUAGAACCAGGAUGAGGCGAUACAUUCUUACAGGUCACGAUGAUGGUUCGAUACAGAUGUGGGAUCUAACAACUGCGUUUGACAGAGCACCUAAAGACCUGUACAGUACUGAUAGCUCCACUGGUCAAACAGGCGUUACUCAGGUUGAGUUACUACGACUGAUGAACCACUGUGACCUACAGGCCUGUCUCUCUACCUCCUCCUCCACCUCUCCCUUCAGUUCCUCUCUCAGUAUUACUGACCACAGUGAUGACGAUAAUACAAUGCAAGGUCCUCUACACCAUGAUUAUGAGAUGAUAAGAAAAGGAAGAAACUCUCUGCCAGUAGACGUGGGGUUAUCAUUUCCUAGUCCAAGUCGCGUGCAGAGAUCACCUAGCACGCACAUUUCGCCUAGCGCGCACACGUCGCCUAGUGCACCAAACUCGCCUAGUACCACACCAGUGAAUAGUGACGACGAAAGUGCACGCCCCUUCCAGCGCAACUUCAUCAGAAAAGCAAACACACUGCCGCGCAGACGACCAGAGUAGUCUGUAAUAACACACUGUUUAACGAAUCUUGAUUCCAUAUAAAUAUAUUGAAGAAAGGUGUUACUUAAGUGUUUAUAG